UAAUACAAAACCACGAAGUCAGCUCUUCUAUCCAAUCAAUUUGAAUUUAAUUAAUCCAAUUGCGCGCAACGCAACAAUUAAGCUUGUAAUGGAUAAGCGACAUUGUAUUUUUAGCAAUCACCAGUGUGAAAUGCUGACGGAGCGAUUAGAAUCGGGAAACGCAGUGUGCGGCUGGCGUGAAAGCUUCAUAAGCUUUCAUUUCAAUUCUUCGAUUCCCUUUGAAACGAGUGAAUGUCGCAAAUUUUGUUUAUAAACAAUAGUUUAGUAGGCUACCAGCCAUCGCCACCGAAGGAACACCAUGUGGUCGCGCAGCAGCAGUUCCAGGCGCCAAGUGGCCGCCAGCGUCGACGAUCCAGAUAAGGUGUUGAGGCAGGUGCAGGAACUGAGCGAUUGGCUUUUGGCCAAUCCCCAGGUGAACGGAUGCAACUCAUUUGAGAACCUCCACUUCUUCCUGCGCACCUCCAAGUUCGACGUGGAGCGAACCAAGAAGAAGCUAAGGACCUUCUACCAGAUGCGAGCAGAGCGAACGGAAUGGUUCGAGAAUCGAGAUCCCAAGCUGCCUGAGAUCCAGGAACUCCUCGACCUUGGCGUUUUUUUGCCAAUUGGCUCAGAUGCGGAACAGCGAAUGGUGGUGGUCAUCCGGACGGCGGCCCACGAUCCCAAGAAGCAUAACCAAAACAACGUCUUCAAGACCAGCAAAAUGAUAUUGGACCUGCUGUUGAAGCUCGAGCCGGAGGCUUGUGCCCGAGGCAUGGUGGCCAUUCUGGAUAUGCAGGGCGUCCAACUGGGUCAUGCCUUGCAGCUAAAUCCGAAGCUUAUCAAGCGAUCCGUUGAAAGCUGGACAGCGUAUCCGUGUCAACCAAAGCUGCUGGAGUUCACUAACGCCCCGCGCCAUGUGAACAUCUUUCUGAACACGUUCCGGAUUUUUAUGACGCCCAAGAUACGAUCCCGUUUGUUUGUUCGCAAAGAAGGAACCUCCGUGAUCUGUGAUCAAUUGCCCAAGGAACUGGGUGGCCAGGGUCUCGGCUACAGGGAACUCGCCCUGAAAUGGAAACAGUUGCUGGAGGAAAAUGCUGAUUUCUAUGUGGAGCAAGACAAAUACAAAAGCAAGCUCAAGUGAUUUGGGGUUAGUGUGGCGACGGUGAUAAGGCGGCGAUUAGCCAAAUGCCUGAACGCCCGAUAGAUUAGUUGAACACAUUUUCAAUGCGCAUAUGCACACAAGCGCAUCGGCUGUAAAGCAUUAAGGAAGGUUACUCUAAGUAGAGCCUAAACCCCCACAAAACAAUAAAUGUAUUGCGUCACUUUAUACCUUUUCAAAAGAGGUAUUUUUAUCAUAUUAA